AUGCAGCCCGACCCGUAUACGCAACUUCGUGUCGGUGAUAUAAUGAUUUUUGUUACUAGAUCAAUGCAGGUGAAUCCUCCGGAUAUGGUCUCGUUUUGGCAGGCAAUGGCGAGAAACUCCACUGCGAUCGGCUAUGGCAACGUGGUUGCGCUAUCAGAUGGAGCUUACCUCCUUGGGGAUCCGACUCUAGGCUCCCAGGUAUUCAUUCGUGACUGCUACCCAGAACUAUUGGACGCUUGCAUGAAGCUAACUCGCGAUGAGGCCGAGUGUCCACGCCUCGUGAUCUUCGGUAACUCAGGGAUUGGCAAAACCUUUUUUGGCUUGGUGUUGCUCCUUCAUCUGACCCGAGCUCACGCGACUGUUGUUUACGGUUGUGGAGAAUCUGGGCAGCGGUUUCUGUUCUCUCCUGGCCUGGUUGUUCAGGGGUCAGAUCAAGACUUUCUUGGCGUUUUGGAUGAGUCUACAACCUCCAAAUUGCUACCCAUGCAAGAUGGUUUUAUUGUCUCCGCCAAGGCGCUCACUUUGAUGCCAAUGUGGUCGAAAGAUGAGACCAUGAAGUGCCAUGCAUUAAUGUAUUCUGGCAAAGUGUCGGCCGAGAAGGAGGAAGACUGCUAUCGUCGGUGGGGCGGCAACGCACGCUAUGUGCUACACAAUGCUACGUCAACUUCGCAUCAGGUGCAGCUCCAGAUUGCACUGGUGAGUGUCAACCUGAACUCAUUAGUUACUGCCUGUCGAAGGCUGAACGCGGAUGACUACCACGCCUUACACAACCUGCUUCAUUAUCGCGUAACGAAGUGCUUCCAGAAGGAAUGCUUGGGUUUUGCUUCUCGGUACGUUCAGGAGGAGGUCUACAAGCGCCUUUACAAGCAGAACAAGGAUAAACUGCUCGAGUUUCUUGCUGUAGUGGAUGAUUUUGGGCCUGAUGAUGUGCUGCGCGGUCUGUUGCGCGGGACUGCUGUGCCGUCAUGA